ACCUAACAUCCCCGGAUUCUCUACCUGAGUAGUAUCCUUAAUCAUCACCACUUCAUAAGUAUAUAAUGGACGAGAAACGCCCUGCUCCACGAGCCAUGUCGCCGCCUCGUUCCCUCCGUCGCAGUCGACCUACCCUCACAAUAGCCUUCGUAAUAGCUGUUGUUUAUACAUUCUGGAUAUGGCAGCCUUUCAACCCUAUACUUAACCAAACGAUGGUCGAUAUCACGAGCGACCAUGUUCAUACUACCGAUAAGCUUGUGCCACUAGAGGCACACAUCAUGAGUAAAUGUCCCGACGCAAAGGAUGGACUUGAACUACUAGUACUGCCCGUAAUGCAACGCGUUCAUGAUAAGGUUAACUUCACAUUAUCUUACAUUGGCCGGCCAACUGCCAACGACGGUGUCGACUGCAUGCAUGGCCCUUCAGAAUGCAUGGGCAACAUCAUCGAGCUCUGCGCCCGCGAACUCUACCCCGAUCCCAAGAUCAACCUCGGCUUCAUCAUGUGUCUAAGCCGCGACUACGGCGAAAUACCCGAACGGUCCCUCGUCGAAGACUGUGCUCUUGAAUCCGCGAUCGAUUUCCAGCAACUUAACGACUGCGCUGUAAAGGAAGACGGCGCCUAUGGCUUGAGCCUCCUACGGGAUAGCAUCAAGAGAACUGCAGAUGCCGGUGUGACCAAGAGCGCCACUAUUCGUCUCGACAACAAAAUCUACUGCAUCCGCGACGGUGGCGAGUGGACCGACUGUCCCAACGGUUCUGGCGUCAACGAUUUAAUCAUUGCGAUCGAGAAGCUGCGCCGCUAGACUUGAGUGGCUCGAAGAUUUCGGUCCACAACUCACUUGCCUCUCCUAGCGUAUAGCUCAUAGUAAUGCCAUCCAUACCCGCCUCGUCGUCUCCUGACAUUGCGCCCAGCGUUUCCAUGAUACUCUCGAGUCCGACUGCCUUGCCCGUCGCCUGAGUGGCACCAGCUUCGAGCUGGACAUGAACAAUAUGAAUGUGAAAGUGGUAAUAUGUGGGCUGGUAAUGCACAUAGAGUUUCAGCUGGUCCGGCUCGAUAGAUGGAUACGUUUUGACAGUGGCGUCGAUAAGAUGGGUCUUCAUGUGCUGUAGCCAGGGAAUGUGCUUCUUGCGAAGGUCUCUCAGCGACCAGAUAUCACGUCGUUCGACAAGCGCCAGCAGGUGCAGCGCAUCGAGCGUCUUGCGGUCCCAGUUGAGGUCUGGCAGCAUGAGGAAACCCUCAUCACCGGGCCUCACCAAAGCCUCGUUCUGUAGAUGACAUCUUUCUACCUUCCUUGCGUCCUUUCAUAAUGUUAAAUACCCCAUUGAGUCGUCCUUCCUCCCUCUUGCUGAGCAUAUACGGUCGAAUACGGUCCUUGUAAAUCUCUGGUGUCUCUGUCACGAACCGAACACCCUGCUUGCUAUACUUUUUGACGUGCGUUUCGGUACAUGGGUAAAUCAAGUUGAUUUUGAGAUCAGCGAAGAAAUCGGCGUCGUCAGGCUUGGUCGUCUCAGUGCCGCUACGGCCCAUGAACCAGUGGUAGAUAUCAUUCGCGCCCAGAUUCUGAAUCCGCACGAGCUGAGCGGGAACAUCGGUGAGGUAGUUUUGUGAGGUUGGGAAGGGAGCUCGUUCGAGGAUUAGUAGAGCUGGCUGGUCGUCGAUAGAACCGUAAAGGGAGAUGCGACGUCCUGCUUGGUCUUGGUUGAGGAUGCGAUCGAGCUUGAAUUUGGGCACUAGGGCCUCCGCCUUUGCUUUUACAUCGGCCAUCGUUGCUUUGAGAUUUGAAAAGUAUUGGUUGUAGUCUACAGGUUCAGAAAGGGAUCUUCUUCAGAACCUCUCUGCCCCUCUUUACCAGUGGAGGAAUUGACGGGAGGGAACACCCCACGGUGGGGCUUCUGUUGACACCACUUGACACUCCACAGCGGUAGACAGAGGAACCCGCAU